CACGAUAACGGUUCCGUGGGCUUCGCUGAUGCCGUCGAAUUUUUACAAGCUCGGAGCACCAACAGAAUUCACCACCCAGUGCAGUUUUUUCAUGAUCAUACACGCCUUCAUAUUGAGCUUGGCGUUCAGCAAGUUUGCGGACCGCGCCCCAAACUACAAAAAAAUAUUCAUGCUGGGGUGCCAUUGCAUAUCCACUUUCUCCAUAUUUUGGCUGAUGAUGAUGUUUGGCUUCAAAACCAAACUCACAUUAACUGUUUUGGAAUGCGUGGUGUUGAUAGCGUUUCCGUAUACCUGGGGUUGUCAACCACUCUUUUACGAGAUGGGCGCCGAACUGACGUAUCCGUUGCCCGAGUCCUUUAUCGCCGGAUACAUGACAGUCGCGAACAACGUGUUCAUAGACUUUGUUUAUGUAGCAUUAUAUUUUUUUCCUCAUUUCGGUAAUGCUUAAUGAUUUUUUCAAACGGUACACUGGAUAAAUAUACCUACUAAAUAUACGAUUUCGACCAAUCGCGUUUGCGCAGCGUUAAAAACUUAUGAUGUACGUGCAAAAUAAUUUGACGCUGGUCACUGAAACUUCAUCAAGACUAAAAUAUUUCAAACUUGUUUUUCCAGUGUUCCUAUUAUUUUCGAGAAACGCAUAUAGUUGUAAAUUGUAAUUUCUGAGUGUUUAUUUUCCAGACGAAUACUGGCUGCACAUUGGUUUGUUUGUUUGUUCAAUUUUGAGCCUUUUUUUUUUAUGUCUCGUGUCGGUCAACACUACAAAACCAAGGAAUCGUUAUUCGGAAAUCGUCUGAAUGUUAAUUGUUUAGUUGCCUGUUUAUUAUUAAUUUAAGUCCGCGUCCGAUCAGUUGAAAUUCGCCUCUUAUAC